CUCUGCUGACCGCGCGCAGCGCACGCCACCUCCCCACCCACCGACCCAUGGCCAUGGGCGGCGCGUUCCCCUUCCAGUGGCCCGCGGACCCGGGGCUCGACGCCGCCGCCCUGCCCCCGCUGCCCACCGUGGUGCCCGACGCCGGGGUGGCGUACUACGCGGGCGCGGCCGCCGACAUGCACGCGGCGCAGCUGGAGCUGCCCGAUCUCGCCGCGGCGCUGGCGGCGAUGCGGCGGGAGGAGGAGGAGGCCGCGGGCAUCCGCCUCGUGCACCUCCUCAUGAGCUGCGCCGGCGCCGUCGAGGCCGGGGACCACGCGGGCGCCUCCGCGCACCUGGCCGACGCGCACGCCGCGCUUGCCGCCGUCUCGCCGGCCUCCGGCAUCGGCCGCGUCGCCGUCCACUUCACCGCCGCGCUGUCCCGGAGGCUGUUCCCUCCCACGCCGUCGCCUCCGCCUCCGCCGCAGCCCGCCGCCGCGGACGCCGACCACGCCUUCCUCUACCACCGCUUCUACGAGGCGGGGCCCUACCUCAAGUUCGCGCACUUCACGGCCAACCAGGCUAUCCUGGAGGCCGUCCAGGGCUGCAGGCACGUCCACAUCAUCGACUUCAACCUCAUGCAGGGCCUCCAGUGGCCCGCGCUGAUCCAGGCCCUCGCGCUCCGCCCCGGCGGGCCGCCGUUCCUCCGUCUCACCGGCAUUGGCCCGCCCUCCCCGCCGGGGCGCGACGACCUCCGCGACGUCGGCGUCCGCCUCGCCGACCUGGCGCGCUCCGUGCGCGUUCACUUCUCCUUCCGCGGCGUGGCCGCCAACCGCCUCGACGAGGUCCGCCCCUGGAUGCUGCAGGUGUCGCAGGGCGAGGCCAUCGCCGUCAACUCCGUGCUCCAGCUCCACCGCCUGGUCACCGACCCGCCCGCGGCCGACGCCCGGGCGCCCAUCGACGCCGUCCUCGACUGCGUGGCCUCCCUGCGCCCCCGGGUGUUCACGGUGGUGGAGCAGGAGGCCGACCACAACAAGCCGGGGUUCCUGGACCGGUUCACGGAGGCGCUCUUCUACUACUCGGCGGUGUUCGACUCCCUGGACGCGGCGAGCGGCGGCGCGGGCGACGCGGCGGCCGAGGCGUACCUGGAGCGCGAGAUCUGCGACAUCGUGUGCGGCGAGGGCGCGGAGCGGCGGGAGCGGCACGAGCCGCUGCGGCGGUGGCGGGAGCGGCUGGGGCGCGCGGGGCUGUCCGGCGUGCCGCUGGGGGCGAACGCGCUGCGGCAGGCGAGGAUGCUGGUGGGGCUCUUCUCCGGGGAGGGCCACUGCGUGGAGGAGGCCGACGGGUGCCUGACGCUGGGGUGGCACGGGCGGCCGCUCUUCUCGGCGUCCGCGUGGCGGGCGGAGGAGAACAAUCAGAGCGACAGCAACGCGGACGGCAGCAGCGGCAGCGGCAGCGAGGAGAGCAAUAUCAGCUGCAGCAGCUAGGAGGCCGGCAUGGUAGUAGCUACUGUAAAUUGGUAAGAGUAGCGGGGGGUUUACUGUAAAAUCGCGGCUGUCCCGGUGGAAAUGAAAUCGAUCGUAAUUCGUAAAUGGGAGGCAGACUGAGGAAUCUGAAAUGACGUGAA